AUGUCCGCCUCUCCGGCGACGAUGAUCAACGGUCACCGCCAUUCGCCGCUCGCUCCUUCUCAGGCAGCGCCGAGGCGCAGUGAGACAUGCUCGUUCUGCUUCCCUUCUCUCCCUCACACCCCUCCUGUUCCCUCCGAGGGAAAAGUGGUGUAUGUGGGGGGCAAUAACGGCCGGUGGCUGUCACCAUGGGGCUUUGCGGUGAAGGACUGGAAGGCGCCCAAGGUGCUGCCUGGCGACCUGCUAGUGUUCCAAUGGGUGGGCGAGGUACACUCGGUGCACAAGGUUGACGUGGCGGAUUACACUGCAUGCACGUUCCUCAACGCGAAGCAGCUCGCACGCAGCCGCAACUACGGAAAGUACAUCUACAAGGUGGUGCCCAAAGACUUCGGCAAUACCAUUUAUUUCAGCAGCAAAGCCAACAGUGACUGUAGCGACGGGAUCAAGGCGUCAUUUGUUGUUGGAUCGUAA